CCUCAGUUUUGCUGGCAGCCAUGAGGAUCCUACCAAUUGUGAUUCUGACCUUGAUGACGGUCCAUUCCGGCUGCGGAAAGAAGCAGAGCAAGAAGGAAAAGGACAAGGGUCCCUGUGGCAAACCGUAUCUCAGGGAGCUAAACGGAAAGUGCUUCUAUGUGGGCAUCAAAAAGAUCAACUGGUUCGGGGCCCAGAACAACUGCCUGCGCAAGGGCCUCAACCUGGCCGACGUGUCCACGAUGGAGGACUUCAAGGCGGUGGUACACUACGUGACGUCACAGGUGGGCUUCGAUGACUUCUGGUUCGGUGGCAACGAUCUGCAGUCGGAGGGGCGCUUCAAGUACAUCAGCAGCGGUAAACUGGUGCGCUACAUGGGCGACUCCAAUAUUGUGGAGCCGACUCAACGAUCCAACCUGGACGACUGCCUGGAGAUCAGGAUCAGGCCCAAUGUCACCGUCGUCCUGGACGUGAACUGCCAGGAGAAGAAGUACUUCAUCUGCGAACAGAACCAGAUGAAGUGCGCCGUUCCCGCCGAGGACAGUGGGGAUGGCCAGAAACACAGCCACGAGCACUUGCAUCACUUCCACCACGACGCGGGCCAGAAGGAUAAGCAAGAGACGGGGAUCAAAGAGCAAAGUGUGGAGAGCGAUUCACGGCCAGCUGACAAUUCGAAUUCAACGGAAAUCGGGGUCUCGAAGGAGAAGGAAGCGGAGGGCGCGCCGACUCCAGGUGAUGGUGGUGGCACCACGGAGCCCGUGUUCGAGAAUGGCAUGGAAAACGCCGCGGAACCCAUUGCCGAGCAGGAGCAAACGGUGCCGCCAGGCGGCACGGGUCCACCCGCGGCGGCAGACGCAACUGGAGCAGCCACGCCCGCACCGGAUGCCGCGGCAGCGGAAGGAGCCACUCCGGCGGCAGCUCCACCAGCGGAAGGAGCUCCAGCCGCCGAGGCCGCCACUCCUGCACCAGCAGCUCCCGAGGGCGAAGCAACACCAGCUCCGGCGGCCUGAACGCACGGACCCACCACCAAACGGGCGGACCAAUGGACAUUUAGGGAACCGAGGAAUAUUUGAGCUUUCACCAAAUAAAUUUGAGUUUUAACAACAUG